AUGCAGGAAGAGGAAAGGCAGCAAGCCCGUUCAAAUCCAUUUCUGGCGCAGGCGCUCGAGAAGGAAAAAAUAGAGGGUCAUCGACUUGCGAUCAUCGCCCGUACGGUGGCGCUGGGUCUGGUCGGCCUCCUGCUGCCCUUUCUGAACUUCAGCCCGAGCGUGCUUUACUAUGAAGCAACACUCUUGCUUUUCAUCGCGCUUGGCUGGCUGCAGCUGCGCAUGGCAAGUGUCGGCUACUCAAAGGCGGAGCUUUUGCUGAUCUUUGCCGAUGUUGGUCUUCUGACGCUCCUGUUCACCACACCGAACCCGUUCUUCAGCCAGGACAUCCCAACCGCCUUCAUGUACCGGUUCGAUAAUUUCAUCUACUUCUUCAUGUUUCUUGCCCUUGGUACACUGGCUUAUUCCUAUCGGACCGUUUGGGCCAUGGGCACAUGGGUCGCCCUGCUUUGGCUGAUUGGACUAGGGGGCGUCUCGUGGCUCGGUCAAACGAUUCCGGGCCUGAGUGAAGCUGCUGCGAUUGCAUUCGAAGGCCAUCCGCUUAUUCGGGAGGAAAUGGAUCCGAACAGCAUCCAGGCCGGUGUCCGUGUCCAGGAAAUUCUGGUCUUUCUGAUCGUUGCGGGCAUUUUGGCUCUGAAGGGCUGGCGCUCCAACCAGCUUGUGAUGCGGCAGGCAAACAUCGCCGCUGAACGCGCAAACCUGUCACGGUACUUUCCCUCCAGUCUUGUCGAUGUACUGGCCGCGACCGACCGUGAUAUCGGCGCCGUGCGCACCCAGGAAGUGGCUGUCCUGUUCACCGAUAUCGUCGGUUUCACGCAAUUCGCGGAGCAGCAUACUCCGGAAGAAGUGAUGGACCUGCUGCGCCACUAUCACGCCUUUGUCGAACGCUCGAUUUUCCAGAAUGGCGGCACGCUCGACAAGUAUCUGGGAGACGGCGUCAUGGCGACUUUCGGUACACCUGAAACCAAACCCGGUGAUGCUGCCAAUGCGCUGAAAGCCGCCAUGCAACUCAUCGAGGAAACCGAAAGCUUCAACAAGGAACUCGAGACCCGCGGCAUCACACCGAUCAGCGUUUCGAUCGGUGUUCAUUUCGGCCCGGUCAUCCUGGGCGACAUCGGCCCCUCCAGGCGCCUGGAAUUUGCAGUUGUCGGUGACACGGUCAACGUCGCCAGCCGGUUGGAAGCAUCAACCCGGGAACUCGGAUGCAGAUGUGUGGUCAGCGAAGAACUGAUACGUCAGGCCGCGCGCUCCGAAGGCAAGGACCACCCCGAGAAGGCCUUUUCUGCAAGGGACCCGAUCAAACUGCGCGGCCGCCAGAAUUCGAUUAACGUCUGGACGGUGUGA